AUGGGAAAUAAAUGGCAGUUUGUAGAUAACUAUGCCCAUCAUGACAAUGGAAGAAUUUGGCUCAUGUGGUUGGAUACAAUGGUCAGUGUGAAAGUUCUACAGAUGGGUGACCAAUACAUUCAUGCUGAGGUGAAUAGUUUAGACCAGAAAAUUAAGUAUACUACUACUAUUGUUUAUGCUUUUAACCAACUUGAAAAGAGGAAAAUCCUGUGGAAUACUAUUGAGAAUUUGGGCACUAACCUUCGUACCCCUUGGAUUGUCAUGGGGGACUUCAACAAUGUAAUUAAUAGCCAAGGUAGGAUUGGAGGCACUCUGAUUACAACAACAGAAUAUAGGGAUUUGACUGAGAUGAUGCAUAGGGCUGGUCUGUUUGAGGCAAAGACUAGGGGCAGUCACUACACUUGGUCAAAUAAGCAUAGAAUUGGGUUGAUUUACUCCAGAAUUGACCAUUUGGUUGGAAAUGCUGAAUGGUUUAUGACUUUUAAUGAAGCCUUGGUGGAUGUCCUCCUUCCUCACAUAUCUGACCAUGCUUCUUUAAGGAUUAGUUUAGAGCAGCAUAUGCCUCAGAGGAAGUUUCACUUCAAAUUCCUUAACUGUAUUACUAUGGACCCUUCUCAUACACAGGUGAUUCAGGAUAGCUGGCAAUACUCUGUUCAUGGCACUGCAAUGUGCAGACUGUGGAGUAAACUGAAAUCCCUGCAGAAUGCUCUCAAGCCCCUUACCAGAAAAGUCACAGACAUUCAGAUGCAAAUCCAGAAAGCAAGGCAUCACCUGACACAAGCACAAGAGCAGUUAAAUCAAAAUUUGUUUGAUGAAACUCUAAGAGGCCAGGUGAAGAUUUGUUAUGAUCAGGUGCUUCACUUAAAUCAGGUUGAGGAAGAUAUGUUGAUACAGAAAUCUAAAGUCACAUGGCUGAAACUUGGGGACAAUAAUAAUUCCUAUUUUCAUGCAGCAGUUAAGGAAAAGAACAAACAGAAGGGAAUAUCUACUCUUCAUGCUUUGGAUGGGAGGAUUCUCACUACUCAGGAUCAAAUUGAAGAUGAAAUUCUGGAUUUUUAUAAGCAAUUGGUUGGCACAAAUACUGAGAAUUUAAAGAGUAUUGACCUCAAUGCUAUAAGAAGAGGGAAAAUUCUGUCUAGGGACCAGGCCCAGAAGCUCAUCACCCCUAUUGAAGACAAAGAAAUUUGA